UCCCCAUGUCCCAACUCCAGAUAAGCCCCAAAACCAGCUGCAGUGAUUAAAAUUUUGCACGAAAUCUUAAUCUGCAAGAAAAUGGCCAAGAGAAUUGGUAGAUAUGUGGUUCCCUCACAUGAACAUGGAGCUAUUGAUGACACUGAAUCAACUUCCUUCUCUUCGCCGUUGAUCGAAAAUGAGGCCACGGAGUUCUUUCCUCUCUCGCCUGAGUUUGACGUGACAGUUGUUCUGGUGGGUAAAACUGGAGCAGGAAAGAGUGCAAGUGGAAACACCAUCCUGGGCCGAGAGAGUUUCUUUAAAGAAGAAGCCUCACCUGUGUCAAUUACAAAGGAAUGCAAAUCAGGGUUUACAAACCGCAAAGACAGGAAAAUCUGUGUGGUUGACACACCAGGGUUAUUUGGAUCAUUCGAUCCAGAAGACAUGGAAAAACAAAUAAAAGACUGUGUCCACAUGUCACUUCCUGGACCUCACGCCUUCCUGCUAGUGAUCAGAGUUGGGAGAUUCACAGAGGAGGAGAAAAAUGCUGUGGAGUGGAUUCAGGAGAACUUUGGUGAAGAUGCCUCACUCUUCACCAUUAUUCUCUUCACUCAUGUUGAUCAGCUGAAGGACAAAACUUUGGACAAGUAUGUCAAAGAAAGCAGAGAUCUUCUGAAGCUUAUUGACCGCUGUGGUGGUAGAUAUCAUGGAUUCAACAAUGACAGUAAACAGAACCAAGAUCAGGUCACACAGCUGCUGGAGAAGAUAGAUGCAAUGGUGGAGAGGAACGGAGGAAAUCACUAUACAAAUGAGAUGUUUCAAAAAGCCCAGGAAGAGAUUUUAUCCACAGGUCAGCUGCGUUCUUCUGAUGUGAGGAUUGUGCUGCUGGGUAAAACUGGAUCAGGAAAGAGUUCUACAGGAAACACCAUCCUCGGCAGUCAGGUGUUCAUAGAGGACGUCUCACCAAAAUCUGUCACAGCACAGUGCAAGAAGCAUGUUGUUGAGAGAGGAGGAACACGUAUCUCAGUGAUCGACACUCCUGGGAUCUUUGACACCUCAAUGACUAAAGAAGAGUUGAAAGCUGAAAUAGAGAAAUGCAUCGGUAUGGAUGGCCCUGGACCCUGCGUCUUCCUACUGGUCAUCAGUUUGGCCACUAGAUUCUCAGAGGAAGAGAGAAAUGCCAUGAAGUGGAUUCUGGAGAACUUUGGAAAAUAUACUUCAAUCUACUCCAUUGUUCUACUCACCCAUGCUGAUCAACUGAAGGGUAAAAGAGUGGAGGAUUACAUUACAGAAAGUAGAGAACUUAAUAAAGUUAUAAAUAGCUGUGGUUGGAGAUUUCAUGUAUUAAAUAAUCAGGACAGGGAAAAUAGCUCUCAGGUCACAGAGCUACUGGAGAACAUUGAUCUGCUGGUAGAGAGGAACGGGGAACAUAUCUACAGCAAAGAGGUCUAUCAGCAGGCACAGGUGGAUCUCAGAGAGAUGGAGGAGAGAAGGAGGAAAGAAGAAGAGGAAAAGUCUGGUAUCACUGGGUGGAUUAAAAGAGUGAUGGAGAAUCCAAUGCAGUUUCUUGAAGAUAGAGUAUGUUCAGGUCUUGCUGGAGUCGGUUUAGGAACUGCAGCUGCAGGUUUAGGAGGUUUACUGUUAACAGGAACAGCAGGGUAUAUCAUUUUUUUAGGGGUAUCAGUAACAUUCGCUGUAAAAUCUUAUCAACGUAUGAGAAGACAGUGAAACUGGUAAUGCUAAUGUUAUGCAUCAGCAUAUUUCACACAAGAUGUGAUGUAUAAUUUAUUCCAAUGACAUUUGAGUGACAUGCAGUAUUUCUAAUACUUAUAAGAUUUUUAAAGACAUAAUAUAGUAAUAAACAGAUUAUUUGAUCAAAUUAUUGUUAUCUUGAUAUUAGACACUAGAUAAUAAUACAUUUUGUAGAUCAUAAUAUUAGUACAUGGCAAAUAACUGUCUUUUCAUACGUUGAUAAAGGCAAGCUUUCCUAGACCUUAACACAUUUUCAAAAUUCCAAAAGUUUCAAAAAAGUGUUUUGAACUCACAUGGGGAUAAAGAGCUCCCAUCAUCAUCAUUUUGGUAGUAUUAGCUGUACACACUUAGAAAAAAGGUACUAAACUGUCCCUGUGGUGGAAUCCCUCUUGGCACUGGGGUGGUGCUCUCAAUGGUAAAUCAGGAACAUAAUUGCACCAUAGUCUUUUGCAAUUGUAUUGUUUAAGUUGAAUUUACUCCAUACACCCUGUGCAUCACUAGCCUUUUUACU